GAGAGCAAUCAAUACGACUACCCUACACUUAUCCUACAGUGUACCUCACCACACAUAGCUCUGGUCGUCCUACAGAUGAUAUACUACACAGCACUACUUGUUGCUAGUAAUAUACUGGCUGUACUAACCAUUCGUUUCCCAGAGAACUUUAACGAGUCAAAGUACAUUGCUUCAUCUACGUUUGCUCUCAGCGUGAUGUGGCUUGGCUUUAUAUCAGGCUACUUUGCAUCAGACGUUAUCAACCAAACAGCUGUCAUAGCCUUCACAGUACAAAUGAGUGCCCUUGCCGUCCUCAUCUGUCUCUUUGGUCCUCGAGUCUUUUUGAUGAUAUUCCUUCCUAGUAGAAAUGUAAAGACUCUCUCGGUUACGGGUGGAGUCACUCCUAAAGCUUUAUCAACGCCGAGAAACAGCACGGCCAUUCCAGGAUUGCAGAGAAACGGCGACAAUAAGAAGGAGAAACUAAGCCAGGAAGACUAUAUGUGAGUGUGACUUACAAAACUGAAUUUAAUUUUAAAAUAUUACAAAUAUUACACAUUAACAUACGUGUGUCUUAAAUAUCACACUUUUUAUAGAUGUAAAUUUUAUUAUAAUUUUUGUGCAUUAAUUCCUUUAUUCUCUUUUGAAUAUUGUGUGAUUGUAUUAUGAGGUGUGUGCACUAUUGCUGACAAUACAUUAAGAAUAGGUUUUGAUAAUAAUAUUUGCUUUCCCAAUAAA